AUGUCUGGACGACUUGGUCGAAAAUAUUCUUUUAUGAUGUUUACUGGUUUGACAAGUCUAUGUGUUUUUCUUAUUCCAUUAUUAACUAAACGAAGUACAAUAGGAACAGUUAUUAUAUCUCAAUUUGGUAAAUUCUCUAUAUCAGCAUCAAUGGCAAUAACAUGGAUUUAUAUAUCAGAAUUAUUUCCAACAUCGAUUCGAAGUAGUGCCAAUGGUUUUGCAGUUGCUGUCAGUAGGAUAGGAGCUAUUUUAGCACCUGUUAUUGAUGCUAAUAUUAACGAACAUUAUUUAUCAAUCACAUUUUAUAUUUAUGCUGCUUUGGCUCUGUUGAUACUUUUAUUAACUUGCCUACUACCUGAAACAAAAAAUGUACCUUUGACUGAUAGAAUUUAUUCUAGAAAUAAUCAAGAAUCAAUGCCAUCGCCUUCAACACAGAUUCAAUAA